CACCACCGCUCUGUGUUAUCGUGUUACUCUACAAUAAGUGAGACAAACUACGCAGUUCAUCUUUCUCUUUCCAAAUUCCAACCGAUCCACUUCUUCUCUCCGUCUGCUCCUACUCGGUGACUUCUCUCCCCAUAUUGCUCCAUUUUUAUUCACAUACAUGAAUUUGGCUACUGUUAAUUGUUCAAAGUCUACAGUAUAACCGUUUUUGUCUACAUAAUUUAUUGUUCAGUGCUUGUGCUUUAUGUUGUUUACACUUGAUCUUCUAGGUAGGAGUACUUCAUUUUCAAGUUUUUAUUUACCUUUUAGAUUCGCUGUAAAAGAUUUCUUAAUUCUUAUAGUUUUUAGUUUUUUUUUUCUUGGCCGCGACAUUGACAUUUAAUUUGAUUCGGUUGAGUGUAGAAGAAUUGGGAUAUGAGUUCUUGUAAAUUUCGUGUGGUAGCGUGAAGAAACUUGUGAUGUGUGCAGGUAGAGGGUGAAUUACUAAUGAAGGAUGUGUAGAGUUUUUUCUUAGUUUCUUCUAGUCUUGAGUUUCUGUAAUAGUAGUAUGUAUUUAGUCUAUUUUUUUGCAUUUGGUGGUGAUGCAUUAGUCAAUUUUUAAGUGACAUUUUGUUUUUUGAACUAAGAUGCUCAGUCCUAUCUUUUAAUAUAGCACAUAGAAUAUGCCUAUAUUCACUUGUAAUACGUCAAUUUUCGCUCUGCAAUCUUUUGCUAUUUACACGAUAAGUUAACAUAAGACUAUCAUAUUGACUGGUAUGGGGGAUUUUACUUGUAUGAUGAGUGAUGACAGUCUAUAUAGUAUCUGAUACUUGGCGAGCGCUAUUCCCAAAAAGUACAACCUGGUUGAUAAUAGGGAGACGCGAAUUAUUCUGCAAUUGAAAUGACAAUUUUUUCUGUGUCUGAUAUUUGCAUUUGCCAUAACAUGUGAUGGUUCAUAGAAUCGGACAAUGCUGUCUAAGUUUCAGGGGUACAUUCUGUUUCUGGACAUAAAACCACAACACCUGUUUGCCUGCUACCGUAUUUCUAUCUGACUUGUCAAGGACAGUAAAUUUCCCAGCCACUGCAGUAAAGAUGCAGAAUCCGGAUGGUCAAGCAGCUGAGCCUGAAACGGAGACCAAAAUAUCAUUACAAACUUCUGAGAUCAAUGACUGGACAAAUUAUAGGGAUGAUGAGGUUAUGCAGCAGCAUUCCGCCAUACAGGCAGAGGAAGCUGGGAAAAUCCCAUUUGUUGGUGAUAAGGAGCCUCUCUCAUCUUUAGCAGACGAAUAUGAGUCAGGAAACCCAAUUUUGUUGGAGAAAAUUAAGGUUCUGACCGAACAAUAUGCUGCCAUCAGGCGAACUAGGGGAGAUGGGAAUUGUUUCUUCCGGGGCUUCAUGUUUGCUUACCUGGACCAUAUUCUGGAAUCACAAGACCAUGCAGAAAUUGAUCGCAUCACAGUCAGUGUGGAGCAAUGCAGGAAGACACUUAUUAGCUUGGGCUACGCAGAAUUUACUUUUGAAGAUUUUUUUGCGCUGUUCCUUGAGCAACUUGAAAGUGUUCUUUCAGGGAAAGAAGCUUGCAUAAGCCAUGAGGAACUUGUACAGAGAAGUAGAGAUCAAUAUGUAUCUGACUAUGUUGUGAUGUUCUUUAGAUUUAUUACAUCUGGUGAAAUAAAGAAGCGUUCGGAGUUCUAUGAACCAUUUAUUCAAGGAUUAACUAACACCAAUGUGGAGCAGUUUUGCAAAUCAUCAGUGGAGCCAAUGGGUGAAGAGAGUGAUCAUGUUCACAUUACUGCGUUGUCAGAUGCACUUGGCGUCCCAAUCCGCAUAGUCUAUCUUGAUCGCAGUCAUGAUGAUAAAGGCAGCGUGAGCGUGAACCAUCACGAUUUUAUUCCUGUUGCUGUCACAGAUGCUAAUGGCGGUGGUUUUGUGGCGCUUACACCAUUCAUAACCUUGCUCUACCGACCCGGUCAUUAUGACAUACUGUACCCAAAAUAACUUGUUUUACCAGUAGCAUUAAGUUUGUGUCUGGUAAUAAUAGAAUCUCCUUGUGUGAAUAUGGUGGGAUGAUGUUCUCUUGAUGAUGAAUUUUUAGACAUUAAGCAAAGUAGUGAUGUAUUAGGCUCUGAUGAAUCAGGAAAAUAUUGGACAUCCGAACCUCUCUUUCAGCUUUUCCGACUACUAAUCAAGCGGCAAACUUUGGCAUA